AUGACCAGCCAAUAUGGGUCCAAUAUUGUGUGCUGCUUGGGCCGCGCUGCUCUCCCCGACAUCGCUAAUAUUACGAACUCCGUUGACACGAUUCCAUUUGACCUCUCGGACCUCCCCGCUGAGCAACGUCGUGAUUCAUCGUUGCAAACCAUCAUCGAGAUGUUACAGCCACACACCCCGCUUUCACGGCGUGACGCUCGACGCUCCCAAAACUUUGAUCCCUUCGGACGACCCUAUUUGAUCGUUAUCCCUCGCCAUCUUCGCCGCGCACUCCUUCAGACCCUGCAUGAUGAUCCAACAACUGGACACCUCGGCUUCGCAAGGACGUACGACAGGGUCAUCAAGCGCUUCUUCUGGCCUGGCAUGCGGCGAUUCAUAUCCGGAUACGUUCGGCGAUGCACCGAUUGUCAGCGCCGUAAGCACCUGCCGUCCGCUCCCCAGGGUCUGCUUCAGCCCAUUCCGCCCCCCGCGGCCCCCUUCCAACGCCUCGGUAUCGACCUCCUUGGUCCCUUCCCGGUCUCUGCCGACGGAAACAGAUGGGUUGUUGUCUGCGUAGACCACUACACCCGGUAUGCUGAGACCAAGGUCCUCCCUACGGCCACAGCACCCGACGUUGCCUCUUUCCUGUUGGAACAAGUCAUAUUGAGACACGGCGCACCGAGGGAACUGCUGAGUGACCGAGGGUCAGCUUUCCUGUAA